AAAUAAUUUUAAAAUUUUUCAAAUAUAGGGCUGAUUUUCACCUAGAUAUUUCGCACUUGCCAUUCGUUCCUCGUCCCCUCUUUCACCAUUUUUCCACGGGGUGAGAAAAAUUAGAAUAAACACGAAAGUGUAUCAUUCAUGGAGACACACGAAAGAAUAACAUCGCCAGAGAGCAUGUAAAAAAAGUGAACUGAUCGUUCAAUUGGGAGAGAGGAAAAGUUACCAAAAAACUUAUGUGCUCACGCGAAGGCAUUUUCUUGGUGGCCCACAGUGGAGGCCAAUGGGAAGCAAUCACGCCUCCCUUGAGAUUUGACAUAGAAAUUUUCUGCGCUCGAGCUUUUGCAGCUAAAAGGAGUCAGCCUGAGCUUCCGGGGAGCAAGAGAAGAGAGAGUUGGGAAAGUCAUUGGGUUGGAAUUCCGGCAGACUGAUGGGGCUGUGAAUGGGGAAGGGAAAAGGGAAAAUUUUGCGUGAUGCCAUUAAACUUUGGCAGACAAAUCCAUCGGCAAAUGCCCUGUCUCUGGGGCAGAGUACCUAUACUAAACCAGGGAGGUAGAAAAGUGCUUUGUGUGGGAAAAUCCGAUGGAUUUUCUCGUUUGGCCGUUGUCACUGGAAACUUUGAGUCAGUGCAAAAUUUUCCCUCGACCUGGUGAGUUGUGUGUUGGUGAAGCUGAAGUGGAAGAUCCCAGAAGAAUAUGCUCUCACCCCGUGGCUUUCAGGAAAUCAAAGAUCACAUCUCGGCUAAUGAGGAUAAAAUCCGUCUUCUGGAGGAGAUUAAUGCAGUGCUGAAGGAAAGGCACGAUUACGAACAGAAUUACAAGAGCAUGUCGCUGAAAUUUGCAAAAAAGCAGAAGGAGGAGCGAGAAAGACAAGAUGAGUACGACAAGACACGCAAGGAAUUGCUGAGUGAGCUGGAACACAAGGGGUCGCAUCUGUGCAAGGAGCAUGCUCGGCUUCUGCAUCAGAUUGAGCAUAUUCAGUGGCAUCUGGAGGGGUGUGCUAAGCACCACAAGCCACCUUGUCACGCCAAGUCGCGCGAUAACAUCCACAGGCAUCAUCAUGGGGACAAGAAGCUGCCUCCGGCCACAGCAACCACGGCCACAACCACGGCUGCAACAAGUUGCCAGUCUUCGGCCACCACCAUCACGACCACUCACGCCCAUCACGCACAUCCCCCCGUACGCCCGUCGCAAAUGGCCAAUUUGCGCAACACUUCCGAGCGUCUGGUGAAGCAUAUUGUGGACCUGAGGAAGAGGACUUUUGUGCUUCAGGAGCGCCUUGAGCAUGAAGUUGUGCGCAAGAAGGAAAUGGAGAAGAAACUCACGGAUAUCCGGAAGGAUAUAUCGCGUCAGAAGAAGAUGCUAUCGAUGCGUCGGGCUACGCCACUUCCGGCUCUACCGCCUGUGGCCACUAAGAAACAAAUCCCCGCCAAAUAGCCUUUGGCGAGGAGCAAUUCAGAAAGCGAUUGCUGUCUGAGGUGCCCUCAUAAAGGACUCUGUCGAUCGGCGACAACAUGGAUGGAUUGAGAGGUGGAUGAAGAGGAUAAAAAUUGGACUGGAAUGGGACAAAAAAAUUGAUUGGAUUUGGAGAGACUUCUUUGGCGAAAAAAGUCACAAAAAGCAGCAACAAAAAAUGAAUUUAUAUCAAUAAAAUUGGCACGUUGCACUAGCAGAUAGAUCAAAUAUGUUAUUCCAGCACAGAUGUAAGUUUCAAUGUUAGAUUUUUACAGAAUAAUUCUACUCUCUCUUGCUCACAAUAUUCCUUCCGCACAAAUGAAGUUGACCAGAAUGUUGAGUUUGGUAAAUUCUAAAAAGAAUAGCCGGUUAUGGAAUGUGUUAUGGCCAAUAUUUAAUGAUUUGUAGAUGAAUGAACCCUCAGAUAGCCGAUGGAUAAUAAAAUAUCAACAAUUAA